AUGGACAAGCAAGUGCAUACAGAUGAUGUUGGUGUCUCGUACCAUGAGCAACAAGGUGCAGAGCGUGUAGACGUCCCUGAACAGCGGUCACGAUCAGUUGCUCUAAACAUUGUCGAAAACCCCCUCAAGCUCAAGUCGCUUGAUAAUGUCGUCACUGAUGCAUGCGAUUUUGCUAACUCGCACGGCAUGCCUGAGCAUGCUGCACUAUUCGGUCGAGCGGCCCUGGUUGCCCGAGAGAUGGAUAUCAGUACUAUUCCGGAGCUUACCAACGAAGAACUCCAUGCCCUCCAGUAUGAGAAGGAUCAUAAAUGGCACGGGUCAAAGAUGCUAUGGUACUCGAUCGGCCUUUGCGCUGUUGGAGCCGCCACCCAAGGGUGGGACCAGACUGGGGCUAAUGGAGCCAAUUUAUCGUUUCCCAAGGAGUUUGGCAUCGACCAGCCAGGAAAUGACGAGUGGAUAGUAGGUAUCAUCAACUCUAUCAUCUUUCUAACAGCCGGAGUUAUCGGUGCCUUUAUUGUCGAUCCCCUCAACCACUACUUCGGCCGACGAGGCGAGAUUUUUAUAACAGCUUGCUGUUUGGUUGCCACACCUAUAGGUUCCGGGUUCGCACAGUCGUGGCAAGGUCUUUUUGCAGCACGCUUCGUUAUGGGUAUCGGAAUUGGCGCUAAAAAUGCUACCGUUCCAAUCUACUCUGCUGAGAUGGCGCCAGCUCGUAUUAGAGGUGCUCUCGUUAUGUUCUGGCAGCUUUGGGUCGUCAUAGGUAUCUUUCUCGGCUUCUGUGCGAAUGUUAUCGUCAAGGACGUAGGGGAUAUUGCCUGGCGCCUUGAGUUAGGUUCUGCUUUCAUCCCUGCCUUCCUCCUCGCGGUUGGUAUUUAUUUCUGCCCUGAGUCUCCUCGCUGGCUGAUGAAGCACGGGCGGCACGCCGAAGCAUUCCAAUCAAUGUGUAAACUCCGUGCGCAUCCAAUCAUUGGUGCAAGGGACUUUUACUAUUCAUGGGUCAUAUAUCAGGAGGAGCUAAAGGAAGCGAGAGGUGCUGGGUAUUUCACUCGUCUCUGGGACUGCUUCGCCGUACCACGAAUUAGAAGGGCAAACUACGGUGCCUCAACGGUGAUGUUGGCACAACAAAUGUGUGGGAUCAACAUUAUCUCAUUUUACAGUUCAACCAUCUUUCGAAAUGUCGGCUAUUCCCAAGACGAGGCAUUAUACGCAUCCUUAGGCUAUGGUGCUAUUCAAGUUGUUUUCACAAUCCCUACUCUUUUCCUGAUUGAUACAAAGGGGCGGAGAUUUCUGACCCUAGCUACGUUCCCGUUCAUGUGCAUCUUUCUCCUGGCCGCGGGACUCUCGCUAUUAAAUGAUUCAGGGAGCCGUGGGGCACAGAUUGGACCUGUUAUUUUAUUUAUCUAUCUCUUCACAAUAGCCUAUUGCUUAGGUGAAGGACCUGUUGCUUUCCAGUACUCUGCUGAAGUCUUCCCCACAAUUCAACGCGAACAGGGCAUGGCUUGGGCUGUAUGUAUCAACAACGUCUUUGCUGGCGUUCUCAGCCUAACCUUCCCUAGAAUGCAGACUGUCAUGACUCCUACUGGCGCUUUCGGCUUUUAUGCUGGACUGAAUUUCAUCGCGUGGAUCCUAAUAUUCUGCUUCGUCCGAGAAACUAAACAGAUGACAUUGGAGGAGUUAGACCAGGUCUUUUCUGUCCCAACAAAGAAUUUCUUAUCAUAUGAGUUGAGGAUUUGGCUGCCAUACUUCUUCAAGCGACACAUUCUACGCAGGAAUAUCACAAAGCCCCAACCAGUCAUGGAAAAGGCCGAGACACCAAAUGCUUAG